AUGUCGGUCCAAACCGAAGACGUUUAUGAGACAGAGGAUUUGCCAGAAGAUGAGCAACAUCUGCGUGAAGAAGAGUCAACUGAAAAUUCCGAAGAAGUGGAACGCAUCCACAUCGACAUGGAAACUGCACUGAAACGUUUCAAAGGACGUAUGGUGAAUGCUGAUCAUGUCGAGUGCUACUUUCUGCUCUCAAAAUUUUCCUUUUCAGAUUUUUCUGACUCAAUAGCGAGAAAACGACGGACCGGAUAUGGUAGUGGUGCUUAUGUGCUUGAGGUGGUUGGCCCGAGUGCCGAAGAGGAAGAAACUGUCGAGCAGAAAUUCAACCGUUUGAAUUAUGAACUCAUUGAAUUGGCUGAAGCUGUGAAGGAAGAGGUUAUUUCAAGAAUUCGUUCAGAAAAGCAUGGUACCGAUAAGCAAUCAGUUGUGAAAGGAGAGGAUGUAAUCGAGAUGUUAGAAACCAUUCGGACGAUUCAUCUCAGUAAAACCUCACCUCAGCAACCAACCGACGUAGCCAAGGGGAAGUUCAUCAACCGAAAAAUUCAAAAUCGUUUGGAAUUCUCGGUCUCAUAUGAUCGAAACUGGUUCAAAUUAUAUGUGAAUAAAGAGUCCCUUAUCUAUGUUGUGAAGAAGACGAAAAAGGAUUUCAGCACUGAAACUGCACCGGCGCCGUCAGAGACAGGAAUGUCGUCAAGUGCAAAAUCAGGGUUAACAGGCGAUGAUAAUCGUUUAGUGGUAUUGGAGAAUCGUUUAAAACGUCUGGAAAGAUUUGUUUGUGGUGGAUGUGAUACUGUGGAUGAUUUGACGAAGAAAUUAUCACGCGUACCGUUAGCCGAAACAAUGGAAGAUUUAAGAAUGCGCGUUCAGCUCCUUCAUCCAACUCAUGUGGACGGCUUACAUUCUCGUAUUAACCAAGUUCUCGCUAAAUUAAAACAGGUGGAAGAGAAAAAAUUAGAGAAAACAGAUUCAGAUUUUGAGGAGAAGGUGUCAAAUUUAUACGAACUGAUGUCAAAGUGGGAUAAUACUUGUGUUGGUUUGCCUUCAGCCGUUCAAAGAAUACAUGGAUUGCAGAAACUGCAUGAACAAGGCUUGUUCAUUCACUCAUUCUUCUCACAGCCUCGAAUUCACGAAUAUUUCUCUAAAGCGAUGAUUGAAAUGAUGGAUGAAUGGACUUCUGGAUGCAUUUCAGCGCAGCAGUUCAGUACACGUUUAUCACAACUGGUUGGGGUUCGUGCGCAACUAGUGAAAAGUAUGGAGAGUGAGCAGAUGGCGAUGUUCGAUUUCAGGCAACAAGCACACGAGGCCAUUGAUAAACUCAAUUCUGAUAUCCAGAAAAUUAAUGAACGUA